AGCUGUCUUCAAACGUCAAACAGAUACGCGGUGUUGUGUCAAACAUCAAAAAAUCAAUCAAACUGUCAUCUCCGGGAUUUUAUCGAUUUCAAUUUUCUUCAAUAGUUUUCAACUUCAUUUCCCCUCUAUAGAAUUAAAUCCAGUAUGUGUUUUCUUUAAUUUGGCCACAAAAAUUAAGAAGCUUCUGUGUAACACAAAAUCCAAACAGAACAAACAUGGGUUCAAAACAACUACCACCGCCACCACCACAACAAUUCUCAUUGCUACCCAAGAUCAUAAACGGCGGCAUUGCCGGCAUCGUGGGAGUCUCCGUGGUGUUUCCCCUUGACCUUGUGAAGACCCGCCUGCAGAACCAAACCAUUGGGCCAAAUGGGGAGAAGCAAUAUAAGAACAUGUUGGACUGCUUCAAGAAGACGUACGCAGCCGAGGGCUACUUCGGCAUGUACCGCGGGUCCGCCGUGAACAUCAUCCUCAUCACGCCGGAGAAGGCGAUCAAGCUGGCCGCCAACGAUAUGUUCCGACACUAUCUCACCCUGCCUGACGGUUCGCUGCCAAUUCCCCGUCAAAUGUUGGCGGGUGGUCUGGCGGGCGCGUGCCAGAUCGUCAUCACGACUCCCAUGGAACUGCUCAAGAUCCAGAUGCAGGACGCGGGUCGAGUAGCCGCUCAGGCUAAAGCGGAGGGCAAAACAUUCCAGCGCAUCACGGCGAUGGAGCUUACAAAGAAGCUGAUCAGAGAGCGCGGUAUCUUCGGGCUGUACAAGGGAGUGACGGCCACCGCGGGGCGUGACGUGUCAUUCAGCGUGAUCUACUUCCCGCUGUUCGCCACGCUUAACGACCUGGGUCCGAGAGACCCUGCUGGUACUAUACCUUUCUGGUGGUCAUUCGUGUCUGGUUGCGCGUCCGGCUCGACGGCAGCCCUGAUGGUGAACCCAAUGGACGUGGUGAAGACUCGCAUGCAGACGCUGACCAAGGGCAGCGGCGAGCGCCAGUAUACAUCCAUCUUGGAUUGUAUCACACAAAUGCUGAAGCACGAAGGUCCGACGGCGUUCUUCAAAGGCGGCGCUUGCCGAAUGAUCGUCAUCGCGCCGCUCUUCGGUAUCGCUCAAGCCAUUUACUACGUCGGCAUCGCCGAGAGGUUGCUGGGUAUCCGAUAAACAGGUACCGGUGUUUGAUAUCUCGAGACAUUGUUAUCGAUAUGCCAAUCGAUUCGAUUAUGAGUUUGAAAUAGUUUGAUAUCUGAUUUGGGAUCGCAUUAUCUUACAGUUAAUCAGACCCGAGUUUCGUGGUUGUGAAGUGCUUAA